AUGAUAAAUGAUGAAUAUCUCGAAAGUAUCGCUGUUGUAUCGAUGAUGUUGUUGGACCCGGAAGGAUUCAGAAGAAAAAUGGAAACUGAUGAAGAGUUCCGCAAGAAACAAAUGGCAUGGUACGAAAAACAAAAAGCUGUUUAUGCAGAAGAGGAGAGAUUGGAGAAAGAGAUGAAGAAAAAGUGCAAUUUGAAGGAGAAAGUUGAAGAGUUGGAUCCAAAAGCUUUGGAAAUGGCUGAAAAGAAGAAGGAGAGAAACAAAAGAAGCCGAGAGAAUAAGAAAAAAAAGAAGUUGAUUCAGAAGGAGGCAGAAGCUGUGAAAAAGAUGGAUUCAGAUGCCAAUAGAUCUGACGAAAUCAGAAACAUCAACGACUAA